GCCAGCAGGUGGACUCUGAAGGAUCUUGUGAGCUUUGCACUUCCUGUGGAGGCAACCAGAAGAACAAAGGUGGUGGAGGUGCCUUCUUUCUUUUGGUGUCCUUCUAUCUGCUAAAUUACAGCCUCCCCCCCCCCCCGGGCCCCGGUUUGCAACCUUCGGGGGGAGGAAUAAGAUGAAGUGGAAAGGUAUAGCUGUCUCUGCCUCUCUCCAGGUAUUGCUCCCAAUUACAGAUGCUAGUAUGCUGGGGCUGGCAGAUCCAAAACUAUGUUACCUUCUUGAUGGGAUCCUCUUCAUUUAUGCUAUAAUCAUCACAGCCUUUUUUGUAAAAGAGAAGUUAAGCAAAGGCUCUUCUGAACCCUCACAAACUCAGGGCCUCGAUGAUGUAUACAAUAAACCGUCUCAUGGAUGCAGAGAUGAGUACAAUAUGCUGGGAGCUAAGAGAGAUACUGAUGUUGAAGUGGGAGGGAGAAACCAGCACAGAAGAAAGAAUCCUCAGGACAGAGUUUACUCUUCUCUACAGAGGGAUAAGAUGGGUGAAGCAUACAGCGAAAUUGGAAAGAAAGGGGAGAGGCGCCGAGGUAAAGGCAGUGAUGCUGUUUACCAGGGACUCAGCUCAGCAACAAAGGAUACCUAUGAUGCUCUUCAAAUGCAGCCAAUGCCUUCUUACUAGCCACAGCAGGAUCCAACAAGACAGAGAAGCCAAGGCAGAGAACUGAAAUACUCAUCUCCAUUCAAGAUAAUUCAUGCAGAGAACUGUUGCCUGGUACAAUCAUGCCAUUAACGAGACCAUCCCUUUCCUAACCAACUUCUAAUUAUGGCUUUAGAAAUGUACAUAUUUAAGAAAGACUGGAAAUGCUCACUUGCUCAGUUAAAUUCAAAGGACAAAAGAUGUGACUGAUAUUUCUUAUCUGUAAAGGUUUUUUUAAAGCCAAAAUACAUAAUUCAAGAUAGGUAGCCAUGUUAGAUUGUGUGUAGCAGUAGAAAAGAGUCCAGUAGCACCUUAAAGAGUAAACAAUAUAUUUAGUAUAUCUACAAGCUGUCUAUGCAGGUUUGACAUUUUUGCAGCAUGUUUAAUUUGUAUAAGGAAGAUGCUUUGUUUUCCCUUUGUAAAAGUUGCCUUAUAGUAAUGCACCACUAUUGCCUUUAACCAAGUGUUACAAAGUAGCUAGUGUAUGAAAUCAAAGCUGAACCUGCUCAACCCUGGAUUAAUUAAAAGGCAGGUAAUUUUAUUAAGAGUUAUUGAAAUAUGUCCUUUGGGGGAAGGGUCUGAGGACUUCUCCCUUUAGAGCUUGAGACAUAACAGCUGAAGGAUAGGGAGAAUAUAAAAACAUGAAACUCUGAAUACAGUAUAUACAACUUGAUUAAAUAAACUGAGUCAACUGAACAACUAAAUAGACACAUCAGAGGAAGGUUGCUUCAUGCUAUACAACAGCUUUCUGCAUCCUUCCAGGCUGGCUGUGGUAACAUCAAGCACAUUGCUUUUACUACCAUGGGCUGUGUGAUGGUUGGUUUAGAUUUACUAUGCAGGAACAAAGCCAAAAAUAAAAUACACAAAAUAUUAUAAAAUAUUAAACUCAGAUUGUAAUGCUAAACACAGCAACUGCAGUAAGCCUGUUGAAUUCAGAGGGACUUCUAAGUGAACAUGCUUCAGAUCACAUAGAAUGGUGCUAAUGUGCAAAGAAAAUUGAUCUGCACUAUAUGAAAAUUACAGGCCACUGCAGACAAGAGGUUUCCAUAGUUAAGAGAAUGGGCCAUAGUACCAUAGUAUUCUCCAUGCCCAGCACCUACAGAAUGACUCCCUCUUAAGCAAUCUUUCCAGUUGUUUAGAAAACUCUGGAUGAAACAUACCUUGGUUAGUAUUAAACCCAGUGGAUUAUUGUGGUGGCAAUGCUCUAUUUAACUGUGUUACUGUUGGGAGGAUUUGCAUAGGCUCUAGUGCUCAAGCACAUAGUGAAAGACAUCAACAAGGCUCUCUGCAUCAGUGUGGCCUCCCAAAUACUGGGCUACAUAGAGGUAUCUGGCUGAGCAUUAAAAGAAAACUGUCUGCUGGUGGAUAGUAGGAUUCCAAAAGCAGUUAGCAGGAUGCUCAGUUCAGUUUCUCCCAUGCUCCUGUUGUGACAACUGUAUUCCAUCUGUACUUAUUUCAUCUGUUGUCCUCACCAAUAAAUAGUUACACUGAAGCUUAUAGGGUCUUAAGUUUCUCUGCCUGUACGACAGGUUUGAUCAGUGUGAAAUGGAUUCUCAAAAGAGACAAGGUUAUUCUUAUAGACAUGUUAGUGUCACUAUAAUAUAUUCUGCAUAAGUAGAAGAUGAUUUCAGCCUUUGAUAUUGCCCUUGGAAAGAACUCUCCUGAUCAAAAUGGUGCUUUCUGUUUCUACAUGGUAAACUAGUUUCUUCUAGGGUUAGCUAUAUAUAACGGAGUCAGCCAAAUUGACAAUAGAAUGGUCAAACUGAAUUAGCAAAAUGGACAGCAUUUGAAAAUGUACAUUUGAUCUCAGCGGGUAACUAAGUUUUAGCUAAAACACAAGUGUUUGUUUAAUCUCUGAAUGACAGAAAACACAUUUAAUGUAUUAUGUAUUUUAAAUAAAUGAAUCUUUAAGUAUA